UCUUGUCCUCCACUUUCGUGUUGGAUUUUUGUCCUCCGCUCCGUCCUCAACUCGCUGUGCUCCCGCUCACAUUUAUCAGGAUAACCUGAUUUUGCAGAAAAGAUGACAGCCCGCUUGUUUUUCCACAUGGCCUGCGUGAGCCUGCUGUCACUGUGCUGCGGCGUGGCGCGUGGCACGCCGAUGUUCUACAACAUCUCCAUGGAUGGUAGCGGCGACGACGGGCUGGAGUUCCUCUUCCCCAAGUCCUUCUCCACCCGCGAACCGGUUCAAGUCAGCGCCAGCCACCCGUGUUCCCGAGCUUCCGACAACCCCACCCUCACCAACACCAUCACCACUACCAUCAUCCGUCUGAAGGACUUCGUACUGACCCGAGUGGUGGACUUCCUGGAGGAGAACCUUCUCAUCAUCAUCGUGGUCACCUCGCUUCUCAUCGUCAUGGUCUUCAUCAUCUGCUGCGCCUCCGCCAUGAGUCAGAAGCGCAAACUGGAGGCCUACAAGGUCCCUCCUCAACCCUCCAAGAAAUAUGCAGCGAAUAAAACCGGCGGACAGAGAGGUUCCGACGAGUUCCAGGAGAGGCCGUACGCCGUGGACCACGUCAAGAGGGUCCAGACGCAGAGUGGCGCCUCCUCGCCCAAGAACCUGCGCGUGCCCUCCAAAGCUCUGAUCGGAGAGAGGGGCAGGGACGUCAGGUCGUCGCCCCGCCAGGAUGUGCGCAAGGUCAGGGAGGCGGAGGAAGUGGAGAAGCGGCGAGAGGAUCCCAAACACAAAGAGCAGACGAAGCGUGGGGAGGAGGUGCAGCACACCUCCACUGCGCCCGUGUGCACCUGCCAUCUGAAGAAGAGCCACCACUAGACCGGCCUCACGCUACACAACAGCCAAUUAUGCAAAGCUGCUUGAGCAUUUACUCCAGCUUAGGUCCACGUACUAGUACACGCUUUGUCGUCACUCAUGAUACAAUUCAGCACACAAAUAGAACGACAAGGGUGCACUCGUGGAACGACUACAUGUUCCUAGUGGAACAAAUCUGCAUGCUAGUUAACUUGUACGCUGCUACUACUACUACUAGUGACAGUCAAAUUCUCGUUAACAUCUGGCACUUCACUAGUUGCACUAGUAGCUUGCAGAUUGUCAACUAGUGCACAAUUUCUCCUCACAAGUAUCAUUUAGUUGUCCUACUAGAAUGUCCUAUUAGUGUAGAAAUGAGUGUAGUUCAUAUAUUUUUUUGCUUUGUUUUACUAGUAAGACCCAACUAGUCUAUUAGUGUGCCAUGGUUGUUCUAAUAAAGUAGUAUGCUGAAAUUUACUAGUGAGGACUAGGGGCAUACUAUUACAUGGCCCCUAAACUGGAUCUCAAAUAAAUGCUCAAACGGCUUUCAUUAUACGAAGGUAGAAUUGUAACAAAAAUAUUACUAGAAAGACAGUCAUUCUACUAGUACGCCCAAGUCGUUCUAAUAAUGUGCUGAAUUGUUUUACUAGUAAGAAUAAAGAGGAUACUAGUACCUUAAAUGACCUUAAAAACCCUGUAAAGUGAAUUGAGAGAUUUGUUUCUCCAAACCCAAUUCCAAUGAAGUUGGGAUGUUGUGUUAAACCUAAAUAAAAACAGAAUACAAUGACUUGCAAAU